AUGGCAUCAAAUCUAGUACAUCUACCGGAAAUCGAGCAGAUCAGUUCACGGGUAAUCAGAAUACUAGGCGGCAAUCCAGGAAAGUUCACACUCCAAGGGACAAACACCUACCUAGUAGGCCAAGGACCUAAACGCCUCCUAAUCGACACAGGCGAAGGAAAGCCCUCCUGGUUAACCUCCCUAAAAAUCACCCUGGAGCAAGAAAAAGCCUCCAUCGACAAAGUAAUCCUGACACACUGGCAUCCAGACCACGUCGGAGGAAUCCCCGAUCUACUCUCCCACAUUCCCAGUAUUCAAGUGUACAAGAAUCAACCUACAGAAAACCAGACCAACAUCAGUCAUGGGCAGGUCUUCAAGACACAGGGGGCUACGUUGAGAGCCUUUCAUUGUCCGGGCCAUACAACAGAUCACAUGGCUUUGAUCUUGGAAGAGGAAAAUGCAAUGUUUACUGGAGACAAUGUGCUAGGACAGGGCACAGCAGUAUUUGAAGAUCUGUCUGCGUACAUGGACAGUCUGCAGAAGAUGCAGAACGAAUUCUCUGGUCGCGCUUAUCCAGGUCAUGGGCCUGUGAUUGAGGAUGGCAAGGCCAAGAUACGCGAGUAUGUUCAUCAUCGGCAAGAACGAGAGGGUCAGAUUGUUGAUGUGUUGAGUCGGGAGACUCAGGAGGGAAAGAAAGCGUGGCAGUCGAUGGAUCUGGUCAAGGUCAUCUACAAAGGCUAUCCUGAGAAUCUGCAUGCACCAGCGGAAAGAGGUGUCUUGCAAGUGUUGGACAAGUUGAAGAAGGAAGGGAAAGUCCAUGAGGACGAAGGAGCAUGGUUUCUACAGUCCAAGCCUGCUUUGUGA